AUGGCGUCGGCGCUUCGCGAGGCCGCGAGGGCGUCGAGACGCGCGUGGAGCGCGACGGCGCGCCCCAGGAUGCUCGACGCCGUCCGCGCGUGGACGCGCGAUCGGGGAGAGAUCGAGAUCGGACGACGCGGCGGCGGCUUCGCGACGACCGCGCGAACCGAGUCCGGAGAAGAAUCGUCGUCGAGCGGGACGAACCAGAACGGCGCUGCUAUCCGCGAGUCCGUAUCCCUGAAGCUCGGCCGCGACGGCGUCGAGACCGCGAUCGCGUUCGAGACGGGAAGACUCGCGAGGCUCGCCGACGGCGCGGUCAUGGCGAGCAUGGGCGACAACCGAGUGAUGUGCGCCGCGGUCGCCGCGAGAGAGCCGGACCCGAACGCGGGGUUCUUCCCGCUCAACGUCGAGUACCGCGAGCGCGCGAGCGCGUACGGGAAGAUCCCGAGCACGUUCACGAGGCGAGAGGGCGCGCCGAAGGACCGCGAGGUGCUCGCGAUGCGAGUCGUCGACCGCGCGAUACGACCGCUCUUCCCAAAGGCGUUCCGCAACGACACGAGCGUGCAAGCCAUCGUCCUCGCGAGCGACCGAUCGCUAGACCCGAGCGUCCUCGCGGUGAACGGCGCGUCGGCGGCGUUGCACGCGUCGUCGAUCCCGUGGAACGGGCCGGUCGGCGCGGUCCGCGUCGCGGUCGUGAACGACGGCGAGGUGAUCGUGACGAACCCGGACGACGCGACGCGGGCGGAGAGCGAGUUUGAGCUCCUCUACGCCGGCACGGAGGACAGGGCGCUGAUGAUCGAGGCGUCGGCGACGAAGAGAGGGGGGGUGCCGGAAGCGGUCGUCGCGAAGGCGUUGCGCGCCGCGCACGACGCCGCGAAGCUGCUCAUCGCGCCGCAGCGGAGGCUGCGCGAGCGCGUCGGGAAGGAGAAGCGGCCGCUGCCGGAGGAGGCGGACGCGACGGCGGCGGCGGCGGCGAAAUUGAAGGCGCUCGCCGUCCCGCGCCUGACGCGACUCUACGAGCUCAAAAUUCAGAGCAAGUCGGAGCGCGGGCGGAUGAUGGCGGAGCUCAAGGCGGAGAUCGCGGAGGAACUCGCGACGUCGCACGGGAUGGAGCUAACGCCGCAGGCGCUCGACGCCGCGUACCUCGCCGCGAGCUCGCGCGCGAUGCGCGAUCUCGUUUUCGAAAAAGGUGUCCGCGUCGACGGGCGGAAACUCACCGAGCUGCGGUCGCUCGCCGCGGAGGUGGGCGCGAUCCCCGUCGUCCACGGCUCCUCGGUGUUCGAGCGUGGGAACACGCAGGCGCUCGCGACGGUCACGAUCGGCAGCGUGGACGACUUUCAACGCCUGGACGCGCCCGUCGGUCCGAAGAACAAAAAGUUUAUGCUCCACUACGCGUUCCCGUCCUUCUCCAUAAACGAGACGCCGCGGCGCGGCGGCUUAUCGCGCCGAGAGAUUGGCCACGGCGCGCUCGCGGAGAAGUCCCUCGCGGGGAUGAUCCCGGACGACGACGCGUACCCGUUCGCGGUGCGCGUCAACGCGGAGACGUUGGAGAGCAACGGGUCUUCUUCGAUGGCCGCCGUGUGCGCGGGAUCUCUCGCGCUGAUGGACGCGGGCGUGCCCAUCGCGGAGCACGUGGGCGCCAUCUCCGUCGGGCUCGUCAUGGACGAGGACGAGGACGGCAACGUGACGAGGCACGCGCUGUUGUCGGACAUCAUGGGGCUGGAGGACGUGUUGGGGGACAUGGACUUUAAGAUCGCGGGCACCCGAGGCGGGAUCACCGGGAUUCAGGCGCCGCUCGACGAGGCGUCCGUCGCGAGGAACCAGGUCAUCGACGAGAUGUACGCCGCGAUCGCGAGGCCGAGGGAAGCGGACGAGAUGUCCGCGUUCACGCCGCGGUACGCGACGCUCGAGAUGGACCAAAAGUUUGUCGGCAAGCUCAUCGGGCCGCAGGGCUCGACGAUCAAGAACAUCGAGGCGACGACGUCGGCGAAGAUCUCCAUCCGCCAGGCCGAGCCCGCCGCGGGCGAGCUCGCCGCGCGCGUCGGCAUAUUCGCCCCGUCGAAGGACGCGCUCGCGCUCGCGGUCGAGCAGGUGGAGCUUCUGACGAAGGAGGUGGAGAAGGGCGCGACGUACGGCGCGACGGUGAUCGAUACGAAGCCCUUCGGGUGGAUCGUGCGCGCGCCGACGGGGUGCGAGGGCUUACUGCACGUGACCGAGUACUCGUGGGACGGCGGGUUCAUCAGCGAGAGCGAGGUGGAGAGCCUGAUGCCGGUCGGGACGGAGGUGGAGGUGAAGUGCGUGGACGUCAAGCCGGGGAGGAACGGGAAGACGGAGCGGUCGUUUUCGGUGAAGCAGCUGACGCCGCCGCCGGAGGGUCACGUCUCGCCGCCUCCGAAGCCGCGGAUUGGGAUGGGCAGGGGCGCCAGAGGGAGCAGCGCGGGGCAAGGGAGCGUCGGCGGCGUCGCCGCGGACCGGCCGAGCAUCUACGUUCGAAACCCGGACGGGACGUUGAAGAAGCCGCUCCAGCGCAUCGCAGACGCGGCGAAGUGA